AUGGAGAAGCUGGCGGCCGGGCUGGCCGGCCUGCGCUGGAGCAUGGGCGCCUUCCCGCUCGACCUCAUCGUCAGCCGCUGCCGCCUGCCCACGCUCGCCUGCCUCGGGCCAGGGGAGUAUGCUGAGGGUGUCAGUGAGAGAGACAUCCUGCUCAUUCACUCCUGCCGCCAGUGGACAACAGUGACCGCCCAUACCCUGGAGGAGGGCCACUACGUCAUCGGACCCAAGAUUGACAUCCCCCUGCAGUACCCAGGGAAGUUCAAGCUCCUGGAGCAGGCCCGGGAUGUGCAGGAGCCAGUGAGGUACUUCAGCAGCGUGGAGGAGGUGGCCAGCGUCUUCCCUGACCGCAUCUUUGUGAUGGAAGCCAUCACCUUCAGUGUCAAGGUGGUGUCGGGUGAAUUCAGCGAGGACAGCGAGGUGUACAACUUCACGCUGCACGCGGGCGACGAGCUCACUCUCAUGGGCCAGGCGGAGAUCCUGUGCGCUAAGACCACCAAGGAGCGCUCGCGCUUCACCACGCUGCUGCGCAAGCUGGGCCGGGCCGGGGCGCUGGCCGGGGUGGGCGGCGGCGGCCCCGGGGGCGCGGGGGCCGCGAGCGGAGGCGGCGGCAGGCCCAUCAAGGGCAAGAUGCCCUGCCUCAUCUGCAUGAAUCACCGCACCAACGAGAGCCUGAGCCUGCCCUUCCAGUGCCAGGGCCGCUUCAGCACGCGCAGCCCGCUGGAGCUGCAGAUGCAGGAGGGCGAGCACACGGUGCGCGCCAUCAUCGAGCGUGUGCGGCUCCCGGUGAACGUGCUGGUGCCCAGCCGGCCGCCGCGCAACCCCUACGACCUGCACCCGGUGCGGGAGGGCCACUGCUACAAGCUGGUCAGCAUCAUCUCCAAGACCGUGGUGCUGGGGCUGGCGCUGCGCCGCGAGGGCCCGGCGCCACUGCACUUUCUGCUGCUCACCGACACGCCGCGCUUCGCGCUGCCGCAGGGCCUUUUGGCCGGGGACCCGCGCGUGGAGCGCCUGGUGCGCGAUAGCGCCUCCUACUGCCGCGAGCGCUUCGACCCCGACGAGUACUCCACGGCCGUGCGCGAGGCCCCCGCCGAGCUGGCCGACGACUGCGCCAGCCCGCGCCGCGCGCGCCUCUGCCUGCCCGCGCCCCGCGCGCCCCCCCCCCGCGCCCCCGGCCCACCCGGCGACGGCGACCAGGAGUACGUGAGCCCGGACUGGGCCGGCGCCCCCGAGCCCGCCGCGCCGCCCGCCGAGAUCCCCUACGAGGAGCUGUGGACGCACCAGGCGGCCGACGGCCUCGCCGAGGGCCGGGCUCGGCCGCCGCCCGGGCCCGACCUCAUCUCCUUCGGGGCCGCUGGGCCGCCCCGCCUGGAGCCCGAGGCCCCGCCGCCUCCUGUCCCCCCCAAGUCCGAGGCGGUGAAGGAGGAGUGCCGCCUGCUCAAUGCCCCCCCCGUGCCUCCCCGGGGUGCCAAUGGCAGCGGCCGGCUCUCGGGCAGCCCCCCGGUGCCCCCACGCUUCCCCAAGCUGCAGCCCGGCCGCUCACCUAGCUCCAGCCUCCCCUACUACUCGUCUGGCCUUCAGGACGGGACAGGGUCUCGCAGUGGCAGUGGCUCUCCGUCACCGGACGCCUACUCCCUUUAUUGCUACCCAUGCACCUGGGGAGACUGCAAGGCGGGCGAGUCCUCCAGCCGCCCACCCCCGGGACCCCUGCCCUCGACCACGCAGCCCAGCCAGGCCGCCCGGGCCCUUGCAGAGCCCCUGAGCGGUCGGGCCACCUCCCUCUUGGGAGCGGACACCCCCGUCAAGGCCUACCACAGCUGCCCGCCUCUGUUCAAGCCCUCUCACCCCCAGAAACGCUUUGCUCCGUUCGGAGCUCUCAACCCCUUUUCGGGGCCUGCCUACUCCUCCGGCCCUUCAGCGGCCUCCUCUUCUGGGCCCACCACCAGCUCGGGUCCCCUGGCUACCUCCAGCCCUGCUUUUCCUCCAGGCCCGGGCUCAGCAGGCCAGCCCUACUCAGCUGCUCCCACCUCGUGUCCCACCUCCUCCUCCCCCCCCUCUGAGUGGCGGGAACCAGCCCUGGAGCCCUUUGAUCCCUUUGAGCUGGGCCAGGGCAGUUCUCCAGAGCCCGAGCUGCUCCGCUGUCAGGAGCCCAGAGCUGUGGGGGCACCCUGCCUCUCGCCACUUGGACCCAAGGCCUUUGAACCGGAAGGUUUGGUGCUGCGGCAGGUCCCCACCCCUCUGUCACCGGUGGCCCUGCAGGGGCCCGAGGCAGGCGGAGCACGGCUCCUUCUCACCCAAGGGCGCUUGGAAGGGCCUCCUGCCAGUCCCCGGGAGGGGGCGGCAGGCUGGGGAGGCCGGGAUGCCUCCUCCUGGCAGCCCCCUGCUGACCUGUCUGCGCUCUCCCUGGAAGAAGUCUCUCGAAGUCUGCGUUUCAUCGGGCUCUCAGAGGAUGUGGUGAGCUGCUUUGCCCGAGAACGCAUUGAUGGCAGCAUCUUUGUGCAACUCAGUGAGGACAUCCUGGCGGAUGACUUCCACCUCACCAAGCUGCAGGUCAAGAAGAUCAUGCAGUUCAUCAAAGGCUGGCGGCCCAAGAUCUGA